AUGCCCUUGGCUUCUGGAAGUGUUCUUUCGCAGGACCGGCGUAAUUGUCAGAGGGAGCCUGGUGGUGGCAGAUGGGUUGUCAAUGGUGAAACUCAAAAGCUGAAAGCGCCCAAUCAACCGUUGAUGGCUGCAUCCCAUCGACAAGGCCAAGGGGUGGCCCAGGCGCGCAGCUGCCCCUUUCCUUCAUUGUCGUCAUCCACAACAUCAUCUCAGCCCAAGCACCAGGAGACAACAGCCAAGAUGAAGAUGGACAACUACAAGGCCGGCCUGCGGGCACGCUUCAAGAUGGACCCGGAGACCGUCGCCAACGGCUCGAGACUGACCAAUUGGGAUCUGGAGCCUAUCGACGAGGAGCGCCGCAACUGGAACUGGAAGACGUAUGCGUCGUACUGGAUCUCCGAGUCGUGGUCGGUCACACAGUUCACCAUUGGCGCGCAGAUGGUCGUCAGCGGCCUCCUUUGGUGGCAUGCACUGAUCGCCUGCGCCGUCGCUCAUCUCUUUGGCGCCGCGUUUGCCGUCUUCAAUUGUCGUUCCGGUGCUGCUUACCACAUUGCGUUCCCUGUCGCGGUGCGCGCCUGCUUUGGUGUCUAUGGCGGGCUCUGGCCCGUCUUCUCCCGCUCCGUCCUCGACCUCGUCUGGUACGGCAUCCAGUGCACUUUCGGCGGCACGUUCAUCGAUGUGGCCUUUGUCGCCAUCUUUGGAGACGCCUGGAAGAAUAUCCCGAACGCGCUGCCCGCGUCGGCCUCCAUCACCACCCGAGGCAUGACGGCCUUUUUCCUGUACUGGGUACUUCAAUCCUGGACUACAUUCUACCGCCCCAACGAAAUGAAGUGGAUGUACUACGCCAAGAGUGUACUCAUGCCGAUCAAUAUGUUUGGCUUGUUCAUCUGCGCCAUGAUUAGAUCUGGUGGCCCGGGUGAUUUUCAACUGACCGAGUUUGCGGCAUCGCGGGCGGCGCUGGCGUGGGCGAUGCUCGCAGCAGUCAACUCGGCCCUGAACGGCAACUUCGGCCCUCUUGUCGCUUCCGGCCAGGAUAUUACACGCUUUGCCCGGUCGCGCCGCGAUGCGACGAUUGGCCAGGCCAUCUCUGCGCCCUGGUCCGCCACGGUCGUCGUGGCCCUCGGCCUCAUCACCGCCGCCUGCUCGCGCAAGAUCUACGGCGAGGCCUACUGGUCCCCGGCGCUCCUGCUCGAGGCCAUCAUGGAGGAGAACUUUAGCGGCGCGACCCGGUUCGCCUGCCUCGUGUCCGCGGUCGUGUACAUCUUUGGCAACGUCUGCACCAACUACAUUGCCAACAUUGUCCCGUUCGGCAGCGACGCGACGGCCCUGUGGCCGCGGCGCAUCAACUACAUCCGGGCGACCGUCAUCUGCGCCGCCGUGGGCGGGUGGCUGAUGGUCCCCUGGAAGGUGUCGGUCGACGGCGCCGCGUUCGUCAACGCCGUCGUGGGCAUGGGCAUCUUCGUCGCGACCCUGAUCGGCGUCAUGUUGUCCGACUACUACGUCAUCCGCAAGGGCAACUACUUCAUCGAGGACCUGUACAGCACCGACCCCAAGGGCCGCUACUACUACACCAAGGGGUUCAACCUGCGCGCCUACGCCGCGUACGUGGUCGGCGUCGCGAUCCAGUUCCCGGGCUUCCUCGGCACACUGGGCGUCACGAGCCUCGCGGCGCCGCUCGAGCCCCCGCAGCAGAUUUACACCCUGGGAUACCUGCUCGCCUUUGCGACCGCCUUUGUCGUGUACACGGCGAUAUGCCUGGUCUUUCCCGACGCCGCGAUGAAGGAGGCCGGCGCAAUGAAGUUCGAGGAGCUGUCGAGCGUGGGCGGCGACUCGGGCCACAUCGACAUUGAUGCGUCCAAGGAGAAGAACAUGGCGGAGGUCUAGGCGGGUUUCGUCUUGAGUGCUUCGGUCGUGUUUUCAGAGGCUCUGGUUUGGAAGGGAGAGAGGAGUCGCGUUAUAGUGAAUGUCUGCGCAAGCAAUAAUGGUG